AGGCUCGUGCUCCCUUUAGCGGCCGCAGAUCCCCGGGGGCACUGGCACCUGCAAAGGGGACUCCAAGGUGAUCAGUCGCCCAGUCCGGACGGGACAGCCUGGACCGAGGCCUCGUGACAUUCGCCCAUCCUGGGUGCAGCCGCCUUCCCAGAACUUUUUUUGCGCCUAGGGCUCGCCGACUCCUUAGCCCCUGGAAAAGUUCUCUCGGGCGCCAGGAAUCCUAUUUCCCGGUGGCUUCCGAAGCUGGGCAGGAACCAGGGCUUUAGGGGGCAGGGUACAGUGGGGAUGCGGUGGGGGUGCUCGGCAGCCGGGGUAGAUCCGCGGAAAGCCUGGCAAGCGUCCGCUCCUUCGCGCAGGGCGGGCUUGUUGGCAACGAAAGGGUUUCGGCGCCAUCGGGGUUGUUUGGGUUUCUCCCUCCAGGAGGAUGGGGGGAGGGCGCGAAGGGGGGAUUUUAAUUUCGUCGCUUCAAAUGAAAACGCUCUUUGCAAAGAAUUAGCCAGGGCAGCCAGUGACGGAGAGAUGGGCUGACCAGGACCGGCUGAUACAGGAAUGUAAUCGAGGAUGCUGGCCCUGAGGCUGCUCAACGUGGUGGCCCCCGCCUACUUCCUGUGCAUCUCCCUGGUGACCUUGGCGCUGCAGCUCUUCCUCUUCCUGCCCAGCAUGCGCCAGGACCCCGCGGCUGCCCGGCUCUUCCCUCCCGCACUGCUCCACGGGGCGCUCUUCCUGUUCCUCUCCACCAAUGCCCUGGGCAAUUACGUCCUGGUCAUCCAGAACUCCCCCGACGACCUGGACGCCUGCCAGGGGCCCUCGGCCAGGAGGGCCCCGUGCCCCCCGCCCAGCACCCACUUCUGUCGAGUGUGCGCCAGAGUCACCCUGAGGCAUGACCAUCACUGUUUCUUCACGGGCAACUGCAUCGGCAGCAGGAACAUGCGCAACUUCGUCCUGUUCUGCCUCUACACCUCCCUUGCCUGCCUCUACUCCAUGGUGGCCGGCGUGGCCUACAUCUCAGCAGCCCUUUCCACCUCCUUCGCCCACCCCUUGGCCUUCCUCACGCUCCUUCCCACCUCCAUCAGCCAGUUCUUCUCCGGAGCUGUCCUCGGUUCUGAAAUGUUCGUCAUCCUCAUGCUCUACCUCUGGUUUGCCAUCGGCCUGGCCUGCGCGGGCUUCUGCUGCCAUCAGCUGCUGUUGAUCAUCCGGGGACAGACCCGCCACCAGGUGCGGAAGGGGGUGGCGGUGAGGUCCCGGCCCUGGCGCAAGAACUUACAGGAGGUCUUCGGGAAGAGGUGGCUGCUGGGCCUGCUGGUCCCCAUGUUCAACGUCGGAGGUGAGAGCUCCAAGCAGCGGGACAAGUAGCAAGCAUUCCCAUCAUUUCUCUGUGUGUGCGUCUUGACUCCUCCUGAACAUAAAACCAUGGCACUCUUGUCUCCACCCAUGACCCAAUACAACCUUGAGCUGGUAAGGUCCUAGCAUCCAUUUCUGGGUCUGUGACCUAGAGAGAACUGUGUUGCUGGUGGAUCAUAGCAAGAAGGAAAAAUGGCCACCUAGGCAUUGCUAGGCUCCCGGGAGCCAGCCCACUGUUAGGAGGCCUUUGCUUUUGUUCCUUCCCCUUGGAGCCCCUGCUUCCCCCUCUGCCUGGUUCACCCACUCUCUCCCAUAUCUCAUGUCAUCACUGCUAUCACCUAGAACUCUUUCUCUCAGACGCAUGUUAGGAGUGGAGAAUGGAUUCUUCCUGUUGGUAUGAUACUCCCCAAGAUGCAGAGGCUGGCAAAAAUGUUUAAAAUUACCGUGUGUAAGAGGUAGCCAAGUUGGCUCUGCCAACUGCUUGUGAGGUUGAGAAAGGAGGGGUGUGUUCUUAUCCUCUAUGUGCAAUUGUGAGCAGUAGAAGGGAAACUCAGCAGCUUACUGCCCCAUCCCCAAACUGCAAGGCCCUUUCUCUGGGAGACAGAAGCCAAUGGCCAGGGAUUUCCAGGUCCUGUCCUCUGUCCAGCUUGCCCCAGCUGGCCACCCCAACCCAGUCUGGGACCUGCCUGGAUGCUUCUUUUCCCUGGCACUCUUCCAGCUUUCCCCGCCUUGAUCUCCAGCCUCUGGGUCUUUGCUAGGUGCUGGGGAGGCAAGGAAGAAGGAAGAAGGAAAGAAGAAAUACUGACAAAUGAGAGAAGCAUGUGACUGCAUAACCAUACAGAAGGGGACGUGUGUGUGUGUGUGUGAGUGUGUGUGUGUGUGAGAGAGAGGGAGAGAGAGAGAGGGAGGGAGAGAUGGUGAGGAGUUUUGUUGUGAAAUAGACAGAGAAUGCCUAGGGGAUGGGAAGAGAGAGGUCACACACAGGCUGGGCACUGGGAUAUUUGGGGAACGAGAAUGAGGAGCAAGUGGGUUCAUUUCUGAAGGACAUUCUAGCAGCUAAAGCUGUUCAGUGUUUGAAUGGCUGCCUGGGAAGGUAAAGAGUGCCCCACUGGAGGUAUUCCAGCAGGGACUGGCCAGUCAUCUGGCAGGCAUGCUGUGGAAAGAAUUUCUGCACAGGGUAAGGAAAGGGAAGAUCCUUUCCCACCCCCAAGAUCCUAGCAUCCUCUUUGUGAUUGCUGGUCCGGAGGCAAGAACUAUAGAGAUGCCUGUGAAUUAUUUGCUUUCAUGAAGGGGGCGAGCAGGCGUGGUGGGGUCUGAAAAUCAUGAUGCAAACUUUCAGGACCCUACCUAGCUACCAAGGAGGGAGUCUGUGGAGAGCCAGGACAACCUGGGUAUUAAUGCUAGUUGAGGGGGUUGGCAUUUGAGGAAAGGGAGAUGGAGCAGUGUCAGGGGCAGAUGGGGACAGUGGCGGGGGAGCUGGAAGGUCAUGCUCUGCUCUGAGAGGUGAGAUGGGGAGACUUGAAGCUUGGGAACGGGGGAGACCAGAAUAUGGGGGUGCAGUUGUGAGACCAGCCCUGCUUAUCUAACUGGCUCUGGAUGGGAGCACAGCUCUGUGUUCUGGGACCCAGAGGAUCAAAUCUCUGGGGCAUGUUUUGGAGUAUGGACAACACAACUGCCCCUUCUGACUGGAUCCCAAGGUCAGUUUGCCAUCCAUGGAGACAGCAGGGCUGAAGCCCACAUCCUACAGUGUCCAACUGGUGGCCACAGUGACCCCAAGCAUUGCCACACAACACCCUGAGUUCUUGAGCAGAGUUUGGGAGGACUCUACCUUGGUCCUGCCUUCACGCCCCCUAUAGGGCUAAUGUAGAAAUGGCACCCCUGGCUCAUACUCCCUCCCAUAUUCAUUCAUUCAUUCAUUCAUUCAUUCAUUCAUUCAUUCAUGCACCCUCCAUAUAUUUACUGAGUGCCAACUAUGUGCCAAGUCUCUUCCAGGCACUGGUAUACAAUGAUGAACAAGACACACUUGUGAUGAGCACUGGGUGUUAUAUGUAAGUGAUGAAUCACUAAGUUUUACUCCUGAAACUAAUAUUACACUCUAUGUUAACUAGCUGGAAUUUAAACAAAAACUUGAAACAAACAAACAAACAAUGAUGAACAAGACAACAAGAUCUCUGCCAUCAGGGGCAUCUUGUCACUGCCCCCAUGCACUGACUCCCACACCUUGAGAAAUGGUUACUCUGCCAUCUUGGUGUCAGCAGGGCAGGUCAUUUGGAAGGGAAGGAUAUUUACAGAGAAGGCCGAAGAGGAGCCCAGGCUGACUGGAUGGAAGAGUCACUGGGGAGCAUCUUCACCCCUGGUUCUGUCCAUACUUAAACAGUGGGAUUGGAAAGGACGGGAAGAGAGGCCCUGGGCAGUCCAGGCCUUGGCUCUCUCCCAACUCCAGAGCUCAAGCUUGGAAGCUAGCCAUGCCAUUCCCAGCCUCCUGGAGGCUUGGCACUGUGAGGCUUGACAUGGGGAAAGGAAAUAAAAGGGAGACCUGCAGGGUUUGACUCCUGGCAGACUGGUCAGUGGGUGGUGAUGGUGGGGAGGUUGCCAGGUGUGGGACUGGAGUAGCAUUUGUACACAUGGCCCUGUAUUGUUGAUGAAGAACAUCAAUAAAAUAUGUGGUGUUGAA